CCUAAGCAUUGCGACCAUCCCUCUGGUAGCUCCCAAGUGUUUUUUUCAGCAAAGGAAAGCCGCCAUACUCUCACCCAUACCAUGGAAGAAAUAAAAAAUGCCAGGUGUACCGUCAGGACGGGGUUGCGAUGCGUGUCGUCGACAGCGGAAAAAGAAUCGAAAUGCACAGUGUGACUUAUCCGUAAAUCCAUGCGCUCGGUGCAAGCGACUAAGAAUACCCUGCAUCAACCAGGGUCAAAAACGGUUCAAAUUCGUCAGCAACAACAGUAACGAGGACAAAUCACCUCCCUGGCUCAUCGGAUCGUCAGCGCAGGGUACAACCAGAUCUGGAACAUCAAGUGCCUCCAGAUCUGACUCUGAUUCAGCCGGUCUCCGAUCGGGAAGGAGCCAGGGGCAAGCUUCGCAAUCCAUUUCACCUAUCCCCACGAACGCUUACAUGCGCCUGGUCAACGUCUUCACCGACAAGAUCAAGCCUGCUGCCGGAAUACGCUACAACAUCUCCUGGACUUUCGGCGGCUACCUCGAUUAUGUGCCCGCCCAUCUCGGCGUCAAUGAAGCCAUGGAUGCAGCUACCGACGCGUUCAUGGUCGGCAUGCGACGUUUUCCCAAUCCCACCUCUGUGGUUGACCUCGCGCCUGUCAUGCUGGAGAAAUACACUUUGGCUCUUGCAGCUCUGCGAAGGUGUCUAGACGAUCCUGCCAUAGCGCGGGCACCCGAAACCUUGUGUGCAGUCCUCUUCCUUCUCAAUUGCCAGCAAUUCCUAUCGCACCCACCGGGUACGACUGCCAGUCACGGCGAGGGAGCCGCUCAAAUCAUCAAAUUACGAGGCCGGCCUGAAAGAUGCGAUUCUUUCGAAGGACAGAUGCUUCUUGCUCUACGUGGAGUCGUCUUGUUAGAAUCCCUGUUCAACGAACGCAUCCACUUCACCGAGCAAGAAUGGAUUGAUAUGUUUGCCAGCACGACGGCUGUGGUCACUCCAGAAGGUCUAGCAGUGCAGUCGUUCACACUUUUACCCAACAUUAUGCGCCGUGCUCGAGUCGCGCUGCAAAAUGUCGUCCAAUACGCCGCCGAGCUGGAUCACCUGCGCUCCAAGGUCGCUCGUCUGCGUGCCGACCUCGAACCAUUCAUCGUCGACGUCCGCCAGCGACUGGACGCGCUUGGAGAAACGUCCGACCCACACAACUCGGCACGAAACAUCCAACUCAACCUGGUGCACUGUCACUACCUACGAACAUACGCAUUCGGGCUGGCCCUGGUGUUAAUGGUGAAUGAAGUGCGCAUCGCUAUGAGCCCGGACCCAGCGGAAGUGAUGGCAGAGUCGCAAGCUUGUGCCGUCGAGAUCUUACGGCUGGCUCAACUUGCAGACCAGUAUCGGCCGCUGGGCGCGUGUGUGCUCAAGUUAUGCCUCAUUGCGGCGGAGAUCGCAGCGAGUGACCUGGCAACCAAGUUCGCGGCCAAGCAGAUGCGUCUGGAGUUUGAUACGGACUUCAAGGUGCUGCAGCAAUGUGAUCUCGAAGAACCCAAGUUGAUCUGCGGGAGAGCCAUGUCGCCAUGGUUAGGACUUACAACCAUACCAAACGCACAAAUGGGUUCGAGGCUUCAGUGACAUGAAUAGAUGAUAUCUCAUGCUUGAGAUAAUCAAGAUACAUGAUAGGCAUCACGGUGCAAGGCUGAAGGAGAAAAAGUAUAUUGCAUAUGUGCAUUUUUGCAUUAUGUGUAUUUGCAUUACGUGCAUUAGAUAUUAGCUUUAGCUACUUCCGGCCGCCUUAGGGCCCUGCUUUUAUUGACAUCAUCGCGUUGAUCAAUGGGGAGCACGACCAUUGUAGUUGACACCGGCGGUGGCAGUGUAGUUGGCGAAGCAGUCGUAGUUGAAGUCGAUUUGAGCAAUACGCUGCUGGAGCACACUGACCAUGGUGUUGAAAGGGCAAAGUCCAUCAGGGUCAACGGGGCAGCCAGGGUGAGAGCUCGAGACUGGGACAACAGCAUCGUUG